UGGUUGGGCCCGCUCGCACUGCCCGUGGCCCGGCGUCGUGAGUUCCCGCUCUCCGGUGUCCGCCUUCUCCCGCCCCCUCCCUCCCUUCGUGCCGGCUCGCAGCUCGCCUCGAUCUCCUGCUCCCUCCCCCCGGCCCCGACUCGGUGGCCCUAUGGCGUACAGUCAGGGUGGCGGCAAGAAGAAAGUCUGCUACUAUUAUGACGGUGAUAUUGGAAACUAUUACUAUGGACAAGGGCAUCCAAUGAAACCUCACAGGAUCCGAAUGACCCACAACUUGCUGUUAAAUUAUGGCUUAUACAGAAAAAUGGAAAUUUAUCGGCCCCACAAAGCUACUGCGGAGGAAAUGACCAAGUACCAUAGUGAUGAAUACAUCAAAUUUCUCCGAUCAAUAAGGCCUGACAAUAUGUCUGAGUACAGCAAGCAAAUGCAGAGAUUUAAUGUUGGAGAAGAUUGUCCUGUAUUUGAUGGCCUGUUUGAGUUUUGUCAGCUGUCAACUGGAGGCUCUGUUGCUGGGGCAGUAAAAUUGAACAGACAACAGACAGAUAUGGCUGUUAAUUGGGCUGGAGGACUUCACCAUGCCAAGAAAUCAGAGGCAUCUGGUUUCUGUUAUGUCAAUGAUAUCGUGCUUGCCAUCCUUGAGUUACUGAAGUAUCACCAAAGAGUGUUGUAUAUCGAUAUUGAUAUCCAUCAUGGUGAUGGUGUUGAAGAAGCGUUUUAUACCACAGAUCGUGUCAUGACAGUAUCAUUCCAUAAGUAUGGUGAAUAUUUUCCAGGCACAGGGGACCUUAGGGACAUUGGUGCUGGAAAAGGCAAAUACUAUGCUGUCAACUUUCCAAUGAGAGAUGGUAUAGAUGACGAAUCUUAUGGACAGAUAUUCAAACCAAUUAUAUCCAAAGUAAUGGAGAUGUACCAGCCCAGUGCUGUGGUAUUACAGUGUGGAGCAGAUUCACUGUCUGGUGACAGGCUGGGAUGCUUUAAUCUUACUGUUAAAGGUCAUGCUAAAUGUGUGGAAGUUGUAAAGACCUUUAACUUGCCACUGCUGAUGUUGGGAGGAGGAGGAUACACGAUUCGUAAUGUUGCUCGAUGCUGGACAUAUGAAACUGCUGUUGCCUUAGAUUGUGAAAUUCCUAAUGAGUUGCCAUACAAUGACUACUUCGAGUAUUUUGGACCAGACUUCAAGCUUCAUAUUAGUCCUUCGAAUAUGACUAAUCAAAAUACACCAGAAUAUAUGGAGAAGAUCAAGCAGCGCUUAUUUGAAAACCUCCGCAUGUUGCCUCAUGCCCCUGGUGUGCAGAUGCAGGCCAUUCCUGAGGAUGCUGUUCAUGAAGACAGUGGAGAUGAGGAUGGAGAAGACCCAGACAAACGCAUUUCUAUCCGAGCCUCUGACAAGCGCAUCGCCUGUGAUGAAGAGUUUUCGGAUUCUGAAGAUGAAGGGGAAGGUGGACGACGGAAUGUUGCAGAUCAUAAGAAAGGAGCAAAGAAAGCCAGGAUAGAGGAAGACAAAAAAGAGACGGAGGACAAGAAAGCAGAUGUUAAGGAGGAGGAUAAAUCCAAGGACAGCAGUGGUGAAAAGACAGAUGCCAAAGGAGCAAAAUCAGAACAGCUCAGCAACCCUUGAACAAAGCGCAGCCUCUCCUCGAGUUGCAGACCAUAAAUGCUAGAGCUGGAGAAUACCUGGAAGAAGAGGAGGUUUUGUAUUGAGAGAGAGAGAGAGAGAGAGACUGCUGGUUUCAUUUUGUACUAUUUGGCAUGGACUGUAUUUAUUUCCAAACGGCUUUACUCUGGUUUUUGGCAAGUUGUAUUGUGAGUUUUCUUCUUUACGAGGCAGAAAUUCCUUUCUUCACCAUGCUUUAUGUAAUAGUAUUUAAAACAAACAAAAAAAAAAAUGGAUGUGAGUUUAUGUUAAAUGUCUAAACUGAUCUAUUAAAGUAAUUUGCCUUUCCUGAGCUGAUUUUACCUUUUUUGUAAUUUUAUCUUUAUUAAAAAAAAA